AUGUCGUCCUCCGUACUUAAUUCUAAUUACCGGAGCUUUCUCGCACGUACUUCACCUCGUGUCCCUGUUCGUUAUCAUACUCAGCUAAGUGGAGCGUCCUCUUCUUCAACGGUAGAAGUAGUGAGAAGGCCUCACAUCGUCCUCGGAGAUAUUUGGAGCUCUUCGAUAGGGACAGAUGAUAGCUCAGGCUACCUUUAUUUCCAAUACAAUGAGCUAGUAUUGCCGCACAAGAGGCACCCACUGACUCAAAAGAUUGAGCAAUUGGCUGAGGAGCACAGUGGGUUGAAUAGCCUGACAAGUUCAGAUCUUUCUCCAGAUAGCUGGUUUUCUGUAGCGUGGUAUCCCAUUUAUCCAAUUCCAUCAGUGAAAGGCAUGAAGAAGGAGUUAUCUGCUGCUUUCCUAACGUACCAUAAGUUGAAACCAGACUUUCCAGAAAUAUUUGUUGAGGAUGAUAAGAAGGGGAAAGGGAGUGGAAAGUCAAGUGAAGUAGUUGUGUUUCCUCCAUUUGGAGCAAUGACUUACAAGGCAGUUGGUAACGUGUGGAAAAUGCCUGGGACAUCAGAUCAUGAAGAUAGAAAGAAGUAUGAAGAAGCUGCUUCCUCGUGGGUGGAAAAACUCAGCUUCACUCACAGUGAUUACAAUUUCUUUUCCAAUUGCAUGCGCUAUGGCAACCCGCGUUGGUGGAGCGAUGCUACUGGUGGUUACCUCUGA